CAGGGAGGCGGAGACGGGGGCGGGGAGCUGCGCUCUCGGGGCCGCGGGCGGUCACCCGACUGCUGUCGCGGCGGCCGCCCGAAGCCCCCAGGUCCCGGGAGUGGCGCUUCCCGCGCGGAGCGCGCCCGGGGCGCUGGCGAGGCAUGGACUCCGGCCGCGGCAGGAGGAGCCGGCAGAAAGGCUGUCCCCAAGCUCUGCCUGCCGAGUAUCGGCCCAAGAGGCCACCCGGGGCCUCGCUGUAACUUCUGCUCUUUGGGAGCCCGGGGCUCGUUCCCGGGCGCGCGGGCGCGCUCACGCACGGCACGCGCGCACCCUGUGCCUCGCUCCCUUGCGCGCUCGCGCGUCCUCCGUCUAUUUUUUCUUCUUCCUUUCAUUCUCACACUCUAAAAUCGGUCAAGGGGUGGAAGUUACACCUGGUACAGCCCCCGGCUCUGAUGCAAAAGCAGCUGUUUUUCUUGGGCUCCGGGAUUGCAUUUUUAACUAUUCGGUUCGGUAGACCUUCCCGGCUCCAUACCGUGCAGAAAGCACUGGCGACGGUGACGCGGACGGUGGUCUCCAGAGGGGAGCGGCGAGAAGCCUCUUUCAACCCCAGUUCUGACGGUCCUGGGUCUCCCUUCCCUCCGCGGGCAGGGAGGAGGGGGCGCGACAGGUCUCUUCCCGCGCGCUCGGUCGCCGGGAGUCUGUCCACCUGGCUUGCCUGAAGGUGAUUUGGGAUCUUGGUUACCUUGGAGUCUGGCUGUUUUCUAAAGGGAGCCACUUGUUUCCAGGAACUCCCUUCUCCCUUUGCCUUUGGCUGCCGCUGGCAUUGCAGACUCUUGAACUUCUCAGCUACACAGGUCCUGGGCUACCUCAUGGUGCCAAGCAUCCCUUCAGCCCUUAAAUGGUGAUAACUCCAAUCCUACUUGACUUUUCUUCCAGUCCUAUCCUUCAAAUAAAAAAAAUCAGCUGGUCCUGCUGGUUCUCCUAAUGUCCCUUUGAAAUUUUGAUGUUCUGUGAAAUUCACAAGACUGGGAGCUCCUGGGCCAGAAAAUCAUCACAUGACUGUUUUAUAGUUGACUACCACUGUCUUCAUAUAAAAGCUCUUUCUUGGUCAGUCUUCUGCCAGUAAAAUAACUUUGGAAUUCAUCAAGACCCAUCCUGUCAAACCUUCUUUCCUGAGAGACGCUUACACAAAGUGAUUCCUCAUGUGAAGGACUUCACUAUUUGAUUGCACUCCUACUAUUUUUCAUUUACAUUACACAUUGAGAAAGUCAUGAGGAACGACUGUCACUCUCUGAGGUGGAAAUUGCUAUGAUUCAUAAAGACAAGAAGUAAUUUUCCUGUAAUCACAAGAUGACUCAGUUGUAGGUUCCCAGUGUGAGAAAUUCUGCAUCCUCCUUCGGCCGCCUCCAGUGCAGAUGGUGACCUGAAUUCCUUGGGUUGGCCCUGUUUUCCCCAGGAUGGACCAUGAAGCCGCGCAACUGGAGAAGCAGCAUGUGCAUGCCGUUUAUGAGAGCACCGCGCCCUACUUCAGCGACCUGCAGAGCAAAGCCUGGCGCCGCGUGCGCCAGUUCCUCCAGGAGCAGAAGCCUGGCAGCCUUAUCGCCGACAUAGGUUGUGGGACUGGAAAGUAUCUUAAGGUGAACAGCCAGGUACAGACCCUGGGCUGUGACUACUGUGGGUCAUUGGUAGAGAUCGCCCGGAAUAGAGGAUGUGAGGUCAUGGUAUGUGACAACCUUAAUCUCCCCUUUAGGGAUCAGGGCUUCGAUGCCAUCAUCUCCAUAGGAGUCAUACAUCAUUUUUCUACAAAACAAAGGAGAAUCCGAGCAAUAAAAGAAAUGGCCAGGGUCUUAGCUCCUGGAGGCCAGCUGAUGAUUUAUGUUUGGGCUAUGGAACAAAAGAACCGCCAUUUUGAGAAGCAAGAUGUGCUUGUUCCAUGGAACAGGGCCUUAUGUUCCCAGCUCUUCUUAGAAUCCAGGCCAUCCGCGGGAAAGAGGCAGGGUGCACAGACAGAAACAAGCCACCCCUGCCAUCCCCCUUGCUCUGGCUGUAGCUGUUCUGUCUGUUUUAAGGAGAGAUGUGACUCCAAACGAUUGCACAGCAUGGACCACUAUAUGGCUAGGACCUGUUGUGUGAACGUUUCUAAGGAAGGUGAGGAAGAAGAUGGAUUCUAUAACACACUGGGAAAAUCGUUUCGUUCCUGGUUUUCCUCCAGAUCUUUGGAUGAAUCAACUUUGAGGAAGCAAAUCGAAAGGGUGAGACCCUUGAAAGACACAGAAGGUUGGGCCAACAGCCCCAUAUCAGUCCAGCCUUCCAGACACUCUAGUUUAGAUUUAGGUCACCAAGAGCCAUUUUCAACAAAAGAGCAAAAUUUAGAUGAGGAAGUGUUUGUGGAAAUUUCUUCCCGGAAAAACUUGGAGUGGCUGAGAGCACCAGGCACGCUGGAGCAUUUAAAUGGAGAUCAUCAUGAAGAAAUUAGAAGAAAUGGGGAUGGCAGUUUUCUGGAUGACACCAAGAACAAUGAGAAUUAUGUGGAUGCAGGUAAUUUGGAAGAAGGUAAAUCUUCGGGUAGUAAAAUAUUGAGAAGGCUCUCUGCAGUGGAAUCCAUAGAUUCCAUCCCAGAUGACACAAUUCCUGUUGAAGAACAACCUAUGGACAAUUUGGAUUCCAGAGCUUUUAUGCGCUACUACCAUGUAUUUCGGGAAGGAGAGCUCACUGGCCUGCUGCAGGAGAAUGUGUCAGAGCUCCAUAUUCUGAGUUCUGGGAAUGAUCAUGGUAACUGGUGUAUAAUUGCAGAGAAAAAGGAAAAUUAGGAUUGAUUGGAUGCAUUCAGACAACUCCUCCAGAAGAUGAACUAUGUCUUCUUCUCUAGGUUUGUCUGAUUACCCAAACUUGCACCCAGUUUUAUUAUUUUCUAAUCCAUUUAUGUUUUGGUCUGUAGAGACUACAAACUGAUUACCUUUUUAUUCUUUGUGUAAGCACAAUGCCUGACACCAAAAGUGUUAGGUAAAGGGUAUUUGUGUUAGACACUUUCAAGAGAUCUGAAGAAGCAAUAUAAAAUUCUUUAGUAUGGUUUGGAUUUAUUCCGUGUCAAAAGAUGAAGUUCUUAUAAGAAUAUAUUGUUUUCCAGUAUUGUACAUUGGUUUUAAAAGAUCCUGUUCUUAAAUAUACCUUUAAAAUACAGCCUUUUUAUAAAGUAAAGGAGUAAUUUCUGCUUCUCAGGUUAUCAUUUAGAUCUCUGUGCAAGAUAACAGGUAAACCUGUUUCAUUGCACAGAUGCUAAUUGGACCAUGUGAUCAAUUAUUUUGCUGCCAAGACUUUGCUUCUACUUAAAGUCUUUAGAAAAGUGAGAGCCUGGAGGGAGACAAUAAUCCAAGAAGGGUCACAAGGCCUUUUCUGUACACCAAACAACCAUGCUUCAAGAUAAGUAAAUAAUAAGGUUUUCAGUGUUGCUUGGAGGCUUUUAAAGUCACUGUGAGCACGUAGAGAGUGGGGUAUUUGGGCUUUUGGAGUUGUCGCUAGUAUCCAAGUGGUGUGUUUUCCAGCCUUAUUAGAAGCAUGAACAUCUGGUGAAGCCAUGACCAAGAUCAACUAAUGAGGAGUGUUCAUCUGCAAUGAUGUUUCUCUUAUGAAUUAAAGGGAUAUUUAUAAAAUGAGGACCUGGUUGAGACACUGUUUGCUCUAGACUCUGAGGAUUGAUAGAUUGUUAAGGUCCAGGAUUUGGCCUUGAUGAAAGUGUGAAUGGGAUUUGUUGUUGUAUUAAAAAAAAAAUAGUACCCAAGCAUUUAUUUUAUACAAAGCAGCCAUAUUUUAUUAGGGAUUUAGGCAGAAUCAACUCCUAUUAAUUAGAGGUUGAAUUUCUGCUCCUUUAUUGACGAAUGGAUAAAUUGGGCGCAUUGUGCAGUCACUGCAUCUAUUUAGAUUUAGCCAUGGGUCUGUUUAAAUCUGUGUCAUGGGUCCUGAGACUCAGAAAAAAUUAAGACAGGACCAGAGAACUGGACACAGAAAUAAGCCAAACCAUGAAUAUGGUCUCAGAUAGCUUUAAUAAGGAGAAAAUUGAUAGUUUACAAGAGCCUUUUCAGUUUAUGAACCACUACAUUCCUUUUAAAGUCAACCUAAUUCUUGUAUUAUUUUUCUACAGAAUUUAACUGAAAUAGUACAAAUUUAAUUUGUUUUGUCUUGUUCUCCUUCAGUGAUUGUGCUCAAACUUAAAAUAACGAUGCUACUUUGAAAGCAACAUACGAGAUUAUUUUAAAUGUGUAUCUGAAAAUUAUUACUGUUGAGAAUUCUCUUGGUUUCAAAAUAAAUUGCAUCGUCAUUAGAGGAAUAAUGAGAAAUGACAUGGAAGUGGAAUAUAAAUUAAAAAUUAAUUUAGUGUGCUUUCCAUUUCUUAAAUUGGGACAUUAAACUUUGAGUACAAGUGAUUUUCUUGGUGGAAAGGAAAGAUUGUCAGAGUAGAAAAUGUUCUUACAAUUAAGGCUUGAUGGCCUUUUUACUAUGGCUGGAUUUUUCCUUCCCCUGCAGCUUGUUGUCACAUGUAUCUUUCAACUCAGCCUUAAUACUAGAAAUCUGCAUUUGAAGUCAUCUCCUUCUGGUGGUGGCCUACCAUUUAAGGGUCCUUACGUGAAAUUCAGUUUCUUAGACUGUGCCAGAAUAGUUUUUCAGCUGGAUUGUAUGAACAACCUCUUAUACACACACAUACCCCACUUCGUAUACAAAGGUUAUCUAGGAUGGUUCUUGGGAGAAAAAUACUUUAUAAUUUUUCAGGACUGUAAAUAAAACACCACUGAUAAUAGUGGACUUUUGUUCUUUAUCUGCUGAAUGCAAGAAUUCUAUACAUCCAGGCGUCAUUCUGUAUGCAAAUAUUUAACUCUGUGGUUGACAGCCUCUCUUAAGAUACAUUAAUGUGAAAACACCCUUAAAAUUAACUUCUGCCUUUAGAUUUUUUUUUAAAAAGCCAUUGACAUGCAAAAUGAGUGCAAAUAUCUUGAUAUUUAAAAAUCUCAUCCUUCUUUAGGAUGGUGUUCAAUAGUGAAUAUAAACUCACCCAGGUUAUUUGUGAGUGUUCAGUCAACCUCAGUUUGCUUGAUUAUAGAUUGUACUGAUCUUUCUUAAGUAAUUUUAGAACUUAAACUCCACUGUGAUUACUGGAUCAAACAGGGUCUUUUUUAGUUCCUUCUAGCAUCAGUUCAGGGUCCCGCUGUCUGAAAUAGAGAGGAGGGCUUGGGGGAUUAUUUGAGGGUCCUUAAAAUCCUUCCCUGAUUUACUGAUGCCUCACAGUCAUGGGAUUUGAGGAAUUCCAUGCAAGCAGUGAGAUGAUUUGGGGGAAAGUGCGUUAACCGUUAAAGUUACAAAGGAUGCAAUCAAAAUGACCCUGGAGUACAGGCAAGUGACCCAUUUAAAUUACUAUUUUUAAAAUUGUUGAUAUAGUGAUGAAAUGACACUAGCAUGUCAUAGUUAAUAGCAAACCAUCUGCACAAAUAUCUUGGGCUAUCAUACUGGCUUGGUCCUCAGUUCCUAUCACACAUCCCUGUUCAGGACAAUAUGUAAUUCUUGUUUCUAAGUUGGCCCUUUCAUUUCCUUCCAAAUUCUAGAUAUCAAGGAUUCUUCUUAUUUCAACUGACCAGCAACUGAAUAGGCAAAAAUUAGGAAUAUUCCAGAGAGAAAAUCAUCUAAAUAUAAAUCAGCUAGAAACACUAAUGCACUUGCAUAUUAAUGCCACAGAAAAGAAUAAGCACUGAUGGAAUUUUUAAAAUAUAUAAAUCUUUUUGGAAGCAAACAGAGCGUUGACCCAUAUUUGUUGAAAUUGAUAGGGGAGGAAACUUCUUAAAAAUGCUCUGUGAGGGCGCAGUUAGGGAGAGAGGGAGAAGUGGGAACUAACACCAUCUGAACGGCUGCAGGCUAGAAAGAAUAAAUUAGGGCAGGCUUGAGCUGCUGUCUCUUAAUAUGUAAAUAUAUUAAUAAUAGUAACUAACUUUUCUUAAUAGCUAAUAUUAUUAUUUGUAAUCCUCACCACAGCCCUCUGAGGUAAGACUGAUUAUUGUCCCCAUUUUGCAGAUGAGGAAAAUUGAGGCAGAAAGACAUCAAAUUGCCCAAGACAACAUAUCGAGUAAGGGACAGAGCUGAUAUGCAAACCUAAGCAGUAUGGCUCCAACCCUGUCUACUUAACCAAGCACCACACUCCCUCCCACCAGGCCGCGGUCGCACGUAGGCAGGUUGUAACAAUCUUUCAGAAUAAAUGUGCUUCUCUCCUUUACAGUGGAGCAUUAGCGAGGCUAACCAAUGAUUACACUGGUAGAUGAUAAUUGGCUAGUUAUCCUUUACAUAUCCCACCCCCCAUCUUUUUAAUUUAUAUUUUCAUUUAUAAGUUCAUUUCAAUUUGGUUUGAAUAAAAAUAUAAUUCUGGGUCACAAAAUGCUGUGUUCCUUUUUCUCCAACUCCUCAAUUCUUUAAAAAUUGUGUUACUAUUUUCCCAUUUUAUUGGUAAGAAAAUUGAGGACUAUUCAGAUAUUUCAUUUGUUCCCUUCAUUUACUGAGCCUGACUAGGUAUGAAAUACAGUAUAAGGCAAUGAAUAUUGGGUGUGUUAAUUGUAUACAAAAUAUUAGAAUUAACUGACUUUAAAGGGCCAAGCUGGAGAAACAUUUUUCAUAUUUGGGGUGUACCUAUUGCCAAGUUAUGUUGUUUAGUUUGAAAAACUUAAUAUGCAAAACCCCCUUUUGGAGAAUCACAAUACAUAUUAGCAUAUGUCUACCCUGAAGUAAACCUGGAUUUACUUUAACUGAACUUGCCCUAGAAAUAUUAAUUCUAGCACAAGUAUUCUGUGGAACAUAUUUCGGAAAAUAUUGUCCUGUAGAAUAAAAUGCAAACUCCUUAGCAUGACAUUCAGGCCCUUCAAUAAUUUGAGUUUAAAUUAUUUUUCAGCCCCAUUUCUUGCAAAUAAAGUCACCUGUGUGUGUGUGUUCUGCAAUCUGCUAUUUUAAAUAACACUUUCAUUAGAAACUACAUAAUGGCAAGUAAUUGUCACAUAGCCUAGAUAUAUACUUGGUAAUUUUUAAAUGCCCUCAUUGUUAUCCCUCUCCAAAGAAAAAUGCAUAAACAGGUUUUGUUCCAUCAAGGGGCAUAUGAGAUAAGUGUUAUCACACACCCAUCCAACAGAUGGAAAAACCACAGGAGCCUAAGGAUAUUAAGGAGGAACCCCAAAUCCUCAACUCUCAUCCAAAUCUUAAAUCAAAAUAACUGUUGUUCUGAAAUUAUAAACCCUAUAUUUGCAGUCUCAGUUACCUACCCACAUGGAGGGGGAACAUUUAAAAAGAAGUCUCACCAACCAAGUAUUGAAAUUAUAUGCAAAUAGAGCAGAAGCACAGGAAUCUAAGAGAACUGAUGGAAAAGAAGACACUGUGAAUUGUCCUAUUUUUGAAGCACCAGGGGUCCCACAGUUUGCCACCUGUUAAUGAGGACAUGAAUCAUUUCAGUUAUACCACGUGUUCUGUCCCCUCUAGGAGCAGAUCCUUCCCAACUGACUGCGCACGAGUAAUCACAUGAUCUGGGAGGAAUGAGUGCUAGCAUUUACUCUAUCCCACCAAUCUGCUGGACCACUUGGGAGAGGUGAUUGUCACAUUGGAUCCUCCAUAGCAAAUAAAUACAUACUUUGUUGUUCCUUCAAUAGGGGCUGGAAAAAAUUUACCCCAACCCAAUUCAUGAUUAAUUAAUCCACAUGGAAUGGUAUGUUUUCUCCAGAUGGAGGAUUUAUUUUUCUCUGAAUAUUACCCCCACAUAGAAAAAGACUGUGGGUCACGACAGGUAAAUUGUAGCCAGUAUAACUGAAUACUGAAUUCCUGGAAAGAGUUACAAUUGCAUUUGUGUUCACUCAGUCAGGAAUUUGGUUGAAUAACAGGCAUUUCUCUGAUGAGCUCAUCAUAUCACUCACAUUAGAUUUUCUAUUAACUUAUGUGCAAGGAUCCAUCAGUCAAGGUUUGCUUUCCACUCUCUUUAUUAACACAGAACAGAGACAGUGCUUAAGACUCACUAAUGCAGACCCAAAUGAAAUUUGGGGACACUUUUAAAUAUGUAGGUGAAAGUUGUCCCAUUUUCUUUAGGUACCUUCUUAAAUGUGUAUGAAUGUAAAUAUAUAUAUAUAUGUAAUAUAUAUAUGUAAUGAGAGCUAGUGUUGGCUCUCAUUAGUGACCAAGGGAAACCAGCUCUCUUGUGCACCUGUGAAAACAUUAAAUUAGCAAUUGCUGUAGAAAUGUAUUUUGUUGUACAGAUUUUUUGUUUCAGGGAAAUUUAAAGAUAAUUGUUAAAUGUUGCUGUGACUCUUCUGGUGUUGUUGACAUGUGUGUUCCAUAUAUCAAAGUGCAAAAUCUCUUUAUUUAUACAAUAUAAACUUACUAUAGCUCCUCUCAGAGGAAGCUAGCAAUAGUUUCAAAAGCACAAAUUGAUGUAAACUAUCUGGACUGUUGUACUAAUUUGAAGAUAUUCUAUUUGCAUUAACAACAACAUUCAGGAACUUUUUGUAAUAAGUAUUAUUAAAAACAGCAUAAUUUGUAUGCUCAUGAAAUGCAUUGCAUUCUGUUUAAUUCAUUCCAAACUACUGAGUAAGUUUGUAUUUGAAUUCUAUUAUCUUUGUCUAACAGAAACCAAGUUAAGUAUUUAAUGAUGGAUUCUUUAAUGGGUUAAUAAAAAAUGUUAUUAACUAGAAAAGACAUAUUUUAAGAUUAAUAAAGAUGUAUUAGACAAUCCAAAAAUGGGUGUGUUGUGAAAAUCUGGCACUAGUCUUGAAGGAACAUCAUUUUUUGUGUCACUUGGAAUAUGUAAGUGCAUGUUCCGGUUACUGACUUACUCGUCUGCAGGUUGUCAGAUCAUUAUCAGUGGGGGGAGUUGGAAGAAGGGGGCAGGGUUUGCACCCAGCACAGCUGUGACUCUAACACAGCCUCAAGGGGACACCUUCUAGCAGCAAAUGGAGCCCCUGGCCUCGUGGAACUUUGACCCACACCCCAUUCCCUGGAAGCGGGAGCCACUACAUCUCCCGGAGUGCUGUUUGCCCCUGACGGUGGUUGCUUGAGAGACAUAAAUGAAAAGUACUAAUGAUAAAAGUAGAAAUGAAACAUCUUCUCUAUGAAUUUUUUCACAAGAAUCAGAAGUAGUUUGAUGUUUGGCAGAAAUCUCUCUCAGUAUAAAAACACUGCUAGUUAUUGUCUUCGGCGGCGCUCGCUUCUUCACUCCUCUACUAUCUUCACUUUUUGAAGUCUGUAAACAUAAAUUCCACUUAAAAACUGUAUGCAUAACAGGUUUUUAGUUUACAGUUUUCUCAGUGGUUGAAAUCAGAGGGAAACCAUCAAAUUCAAACUUUUACCAAACACUGCACUCCUCACCCCAAUCCUAGGUAAUUUCCAGAAAGGUGCACAGGUGCACGGUUUUGGCCUGCAGAAAACCACCAAAUGCUCGAGCUGCUGGAGACUUCAGCAGUCAUGGACUCUGAGGCUGCCAUUCGCACGUGAGGACUCAAAAGAGCGACUUGCUCAGAUCUCACUGCCCCUGCGCUGCUUCCCCCGGCAGCCCGUUGCUUGUACCCCCGAGGCUGUGACUGCCCUUUGCAUCCAUCCAGAUCUUGGCCACCCUGCGACCCCCAGCUCGGGUCCCAUCUCCGGAGCAGUCACUCCAAUCCCACUCCUCUAUCCUGAUCUUCUUCCCCAUUUACAGCCCUUUGUGA